AUGUAAUAAUUUUUGUAAAUCAAAAUGGGCUGAAAUGCAUCGAAAAAGGUUGUGGAACAGCCGAUCAUACAAGAGAUUAAACCUAUUGUUUACGAAGAGCUUGACUUGGAAUGUAUCAUCUGAAUGAACAUUAAGAAAGAUCCUUAUCUUACAAAUUGAUGCAUGAGAAUCGUCUGACCAGACUGAGCUAACCAAAUUGAUGAAAAUUGACCCCUGAGGUGAGUUAAUGAAGGUCCUUUGUUUGGAACCAAUCCGGACUUAGACAGAAAAGUUAUGAAUGAGUUCCAAAUUUGAAAGAGAUGUGAUUCAAAGUUUCAUCCAUGGGACUUACACAAUCAUCAGGAUAAUUGACUCAGAGAUGAACUUCCGAAGGAAAUAGAAGUCCCUCAGAUUCAUGAGCAUCUUCUAAUUGAAACAAACGUCAAAGGAGACUGGAAGUGAUCAAUCAGAACUAAUUUAUCUCAAAGGCAUCAUGAUUUGUUCUCUCAUAAAUGUUUCCUUUGCAAACAAUGAAAUCAUAAAUUUUGAAGAAAUUGAGUUUUGGACGAAUAUUUCUAUGAAGAACAGAGCUCAAGCAACAACAGUAGCUCAGAAAUCAGCAAUCUGACUGAGAAUGAAAGAUCAUCAAACCAAGAAGAGAACUCAGAAGAAAGCUCAGAAGAUAGCUCUGAACUUGCAGAUCACAACAAGAUUGAUGUGAGCGUUGAGUCAUCUUCAAAAAGUGAAAAGCAAGAUAACUCUUAAUAUACCUUUCAUAUUUUGAUAUUUAGUGAAUUCUUUCACUCAAU